AUGAAGAAACAUUUGCUGACCCAUACUGGUGAACGACCUUACCUCUGUACUCAUUGUAAGAAGGGCUUCACAAGUACGUACGCCUUAAAGAUACACAGUCGGCAACAUACAAAAGAGCGGCCCUUUAUUUGUGAAUAUUGCAGUUUAUCGUUUGCGCAGAAAGUGUCAUUGGUUACUCAUUUAAAAAAUAAACAUGGCAGUAACCAUAACUAG